AUGACUCAAAAGCAAGUCAACGAGCAGAAAAAAAGCAAUCGUCGCUUUGAAGCGGGCAAUAAAGAAAUGAAGAAAGGUUUAAAGGAAGUGGCCGAACAGUUGGAAAGGUUAACUGGGGAGCAGGAAGAUAUUAGGGAAGCCUUUGCAAGAGCUGUUCAACCAGACGAAGAGCCGAGGAUUGUCAUUGCUGGGGGAUGGAAUGAUAAAAGUUUGAACUCUGUAGAAAUGUUCAGUCUCUCAAAUGCAGAAUGGUUACCACUACAACCAAUGAAACAACGCCGUUAUCUAGCAUCUUCGGUCUCUCACAACAAUGAAACCAUCGUCAGUGGAGGUUUCUCCGAUCAAGCCAACAAGUCAUUGGAAAAAUUAUCGCUGAAAGCAGUCUAUGCUGACUCCUUCAUAUUUUGGAAAUAUGAUCCUGUAGAGUUACCCAAGCCAUUGUUUGGACAUUGUAGUGUCAUUUUCGAUGGACGGUUAAUAGUCAUUGGCGGUUACAAUCACACUGCUUUUAUUGAUAAUAUUACUGAGGUUUCUCUUGUUUCUCCUAAUACCGGUAAAGUUUUGGCUACUAUGCCAGAAAGUAGAUGGUUACAUGGUGCUGUCUUGUUUGGUAACACGAUCGUAAUUCUUGGAGGAAGGAAAGACAUGCGGCAGUGGUCGAAUAUGAAAAGUGUUUUGUCGUAUGAUAUUGUCAACAAUGAAUGCCAUAAUUUAGCACCAUUACCUUAUGCUGUGGACAACAUGGCCACAGUGAAGUGGGGUAGCGACAAUGUGAUUAUAAUCGGAGGCAGUGACAGUGACGGUAAACCGUUGGACAAAGUAUUAAUAUACAAUGUGAAAACUCAGAAGAGCCAAAUGUUACCAGACAUGAAGUAUAAGAGGCAGAGAUGUGCGGCCGCAGUUGUUAGUGACACAGUGAUUGUCAUGGGGGGACAAGAUGAAGGUGGAAACUCUUUAAAGUCCGUCGAGAGUUUCAGAUUUGACUCUUUCGCUUGGGAAGAACUUCCGGAAAUGCAAGAAGCAAGAUGCGGAGCCACAGCAAUUGUGUGUUAA